AAUGCUGCUUUCGCUUAAUCAAAUCAGUUCAUACGACUAAAAUGGCAUUAAGAUUACCUUUGGUUGGAGCUUUACGUUAUAUCGGCUCCAGGACGAGUGUAGUUAGUGCACAACGACUGUUCUGCUCUCAAAAGACAGGACAAGGAUCUUCUGACACUAUAAGGGUGCUGUAUGAUGGAGAAUGCCCAAUAUGUGUUCAAGAAAUUAGCUUUCUUCAGUUUCUUGAGAGAAAUAGAACGGAAAAAGUAGAUUUUGUGGACAUCUCACUGCCAGUGUAUGAUGGGAGCAAAUAUGGAGUCAGUUGUGAGAUGGCAAUGGAGGAAAUGACGGUAAUUGAUGAGAAGAACACGAUUCAUCGUGGAGUUCCAGCUUUCACAGUGAUGUACAGUGCAGUGGGUUUGGGUUGGCUUGGCACGUUCAUCUCUCUCCCACUGGUCAGGCCUAUAAUGGACCGAGCCUAUGGGGUGUUUGCAAGAAACAGACUGAAGUGGACCGGCAGAGAGGGCUGCACCACUGGACGCUGUGCUAAAAAAGAGACAUAAGGAACAAAGUGCUUUAAAACAGAUUUUCCAGGUCAAUGGAUGUAUCGUUAGUUACAGCUGUUAUUGUUAAAGUUUUUUGCAUUUAAUAUUUAAAAUUGUCUAAAUAUAACUGUAAUGUCAGCGUGCUCAGAAUAAUCUUUUAUUAAGAUCUACAAGUUUACUUUAUAAACACUGUGAUAUCUGUAUAUACAAUAAAUUACUCAUGCUGGGAGAGAAAUAAGUCAGAGUGUUGACAAUUUGAACAACUCCAAGGGAACUUUUUCUAAAUUUAGAAGCCUCCUGACUGACCAUCAAGUGUUAGGAUGCAGUAGGACAGAUUGUGCUUUAAUGAGGGAUGGUCAGGGGUUUGUCAGCAGUCCUUUACACCAGCCAAGAGGAUUUGAAUUUAAGAGUAGGGCGAGAUUAAAAACCACAACAGAAACAAGUGUAAACACCACAAGAUGUAAUCCAAGAGA